AUGAGUCGCGCAACUGACAACGAGGGCGAGUCACAAAAGCUAACGGUGUCCGACGUACAAGAUAGUAUUCGAUUCGAACGCGGUCGUAGAGUUCCGCGAGUAGGUGGGUCGGCUGAUCUCUCCAGUGGCAAUGCACAUCCGGGCCGGUCGAUACGGGCGGCGACUUGCGCGCUGCCGUCCUCGUCGCUACCCCUCGGCCCUCGCGUCUUCGAGUCCCCCCACGACGGCUCACAUCGAUUCGUGCGCUUGAUAAUUAUUAACUGCUUAUUGCGAAAAUAUAUCCUCCCUUAUUGG